CAAAAGUCACCAUCGCAAUGUAGUAGCAAAAAGAGUGCCAUCAAGCAGAAACGGAAAAAGAGCUUCAGCAGUAAUCAAGUCCCACGAAAAUUUUUGGUUUGGCCCAUGUACAGAUACAAAAAUGGUGAAAACAGUAUUACUACCACAAAAUAUUAGUAUAUUCGAGAUAUCAAAUCAUGACCGAGGCAUAUGAAGAUGAUUUCUUAGUUAGAGUUCGUGCACAAGUAAUGGCCAGAGAUGAAAGUACUGAAGGUUGGUUACCACUGCAAGGCGGUGGCCUGGCGAAUGUCUCCAUACGCAAACGCGCACGGCUGCCCCCGGAUGGUGGCGGUCAUGAGUACAUUAUCUAUGGACAAAGAAUAUCUGACCAAACAGUUAUUUUAAGUUGCGUUAUCAAUAGAGAUUUGCAGUACUUCAAAGUUAUGCCCACGUUUCAUCACUGGCGCGCCGGUAAGCAGCGAAAUGGCCUUACCUUUCAGACGGCAGCCGAUGCGAGAGCUUUCGACAAAGGAAUCAUCCGUGCUUAUGAUGACCUUAUUGAUGGUAUGGAUGAUUACACCGCUCACAACAAAUACAACGAUGCCGAUAAAGUUGGCGAAGACGAUGUGUUCAUGACGUUGGAUCUACCUGUGGAACCCUCUGAAUCACGAUCGAAUUCCGAAGGCAGUGGAAGCCAUCAAAGCGUCGAUAAACAAUCACAGCAGCAGCAAUCCAGUAUUCAAUACAUAUCGGGCGAUAAACCAUCACCUCUGAUAAAGCCUGGUGAUGACAAAGUUACUCCAAUAGUACCUGGUGACAACUAUUCGUACGUUCAGAUAACCGAUUCGUGCGACAUCAAGUUGAAAUAUAACUUUUAUAACUUGAAGGUGCAUGAAUACAACUAUCCGGUCGUCGAUGAACCAGUUGGAUCCAUCCUCAGUGGACGACGUGACUCGAAAACAAGUCUGAAAAAACGAAAUGCCCUCGAUGUACCAGCCAUGAAAGAGGCUACGCUAAUCAAAACUCGAUUGCGCUGCAGAUAUUGUCAAGAGUUUUACAACGAUGAAUGGAAUCACAAAGGUUCGUGUGAUUAUGCUCCAGACUGUUUCAAAACCGCUAUUGAAAACAUGUCUUGUAUGCUAUGCGCUCGGUGCAUGCUGUAUCACUGUAUGAAAGAUUCUGAGGGUGAAACAGCUUCCCAUCCGUGUUCGUGCGCCGCGGAAUCUGGCUGCACCAAACGAUGGAUCGGGCUAGCUCUGUUGUCCUUACUUGUGCCCUGUCUGUGGUGCUAUCCGCCACUACGCGCCUGUCAUUGGAUCGGCGUUUCAUGUCGGUUGUGUGGCGGGAAACAUAAACCGCAAAUUUGACAUCCGAUCAAGAUCAUCAACCUGACAAGUAUUAAUCGGCUUGACUGAUAGUCGUUGAGCAAAUCGCAUUGCUCUUACUGAAUAGCAACUAACACGGACGAAAAAAAUAGUGCAGAUUGUGCAUAAAAAAUACAAUAAUAAGAGUUCAUCAUAAAUCCACGAGUAACUCAAAAACCUACCAAAGUGAUAAGGAAACAAAACAGAAGUAAAGUUGAACAUUUAAAUUUAGCUGCAACCCAAAAAUGAAUAAACGAUGUUCUGUACAACUGAACGAUAAAAAAAAAACAAGAAAAAACAUAAUAUUGUUAUAUGUAGGAGCAGUGAAUACAGUAAAACAUUCGUUGAUGUCUAAAACUAGCUGAUAUUGAUUACGUAGAACAAAACGCUACAUGACGGAAUCAAAAACCAAGCACGAGAAAACAACGGAAUGGAAAAAAGAAUAAACUGUGCAAACCAAUGGUAGUAAUACAGCAAAAAGACCGAAGUUGAUAAAAUCCAUAGUCACAUUUAAGUGAAUUAUAAAUUGGUAUGAAAUAUAGAAAAAAAAAAAAAAACAAACGCAAACAAAACAUCAAAAGCAGAAAUUUCAUAAUUAUCUGUCGAAUGGACUCAAUAUUAAUGAAAAGAAAAUCAUAAAAUUUAUGAUUGAGGAAACAAGACACUAACAUUAUAGGUGUUCAAUAAAAAUGAAUAUAUAGAGGUUAGAUUUUGUUGACGCCGCAUAUAAAAAAAAUGUUAUAAAGAUCUAUUUUCACUGGCUUUUGAGGUAAUUACGUUUAGUUCAAUUACGCAUAUUUUCGAUGAUAAUUGGACUCGUUACUCUAUAAAAUAAAAAAGAAAAACACGCCUUUGUUUUGCUUCUGCGAGAUGUAGUACAAGAAAAUUAUGAAUCGUUCAACUCUAUAGUACUGUUUUGUAAUGUUUCAAAUGAAAAUAAGCUGAAUCGUGAAUUUAACUUUUAUAAAUAUGUUAAAUAUUUGCUAUUUUUCAUCAUCUUCAUUAGGUGAGUGAAACAAAGAAUAAUAAAAUGUAUAUGCAACAGAAAGGCACACUUAUAGAUAUGAAUGAUGUAGAUUAUAACGACAUAAACCAGAGCGAUUAAUCGUGACGAAACAUACUGUAAGAAUCAAAAGCACAUAAACGUAAUCAUUACAUUAAACGAGUAAAGCCAACCUUCACCUUUCCUUCUUGUCUUUUGCCAAGGAGAGCGAGCUGUGCUCAAGAAUAGAAAAAAAACUGCAUUAUAGGUGGGAUGAUCCAAGCCAAAUCAAUUGCGACUGUAGAACCUUCGACGAAACUAUGUUUUCCAAGGAACUGUUGAUAUUUUGUUCUGAAAUAUUUUUCUCGUUGAUGAGAAACUAUUUUUAGUUUCUAAAGCGAAUUUGUGCCAUACGAAUUCAUACUCUUGCCAAAGGUUCAAACUUAACAGCACAUGCAAUGAUGGUGCGGUAUCAUCUAAAGACAUGGUUGCAUUGAGCAGGAAAAACUGAUAUCCAACGGAGAAGUAAGCACCGUGCUUAAAAUUUAUCUUAGUUGCCAUUUGUUCAAAGCAGCUUUGACCAGUUUAGGUUCGAAGGGGCACAAAAAAAAUUAAAAGAUCGGCGUGGCAUUCGCAAUGGGCUCUGCGAUUGCCAAACAUGAUCUUUUGUUGUCAAGCGCAAAUGAAACCAGUGGUGGAUAAGGUUUAAAAAAUAGAACUAUAUAUUCUGUAUCAAGCGUCUAUGUUUUAGUAUAAUGUAAAGUCUAAUUAAGACUAAUUAAACAUAAUCUUGAAUAAAUAAAAUAAAAGUAUGUACUAAAUGUAAUACAGAAAAAAAACAUACGAGAACAUCUAAAGAUGAAAUACACCUACUACCACCAGGAAAUAUUUAUGUGUAUAUUUCAAUAAACUCACAACUUGACAAAAAUUAAAUCACAUCACACCGAAAGUUUUUACUUUAAUUACAUCGGAGUUGAUCUCAUUUGAAAACAAUCCCAUUGAUUGUAACGUCUCAUUUGUUUUUUAAGCAUGGAAUCUCAAAAGCAAAAAGAAAACGUUUCAUAACAUUUAUUUCGGAAACUAUUUGGCAAUAAGUUUAAUAUAUUUAGAAAUGAAUGUUGAAUUUGCAUUAUAACCGAGAUUCUCAUGGGAAAUCAUGGAAUAAAAAAAUCUAACAUGACAAGCCAAUAGAAACGGCACUGCAGAUAUGCCAAAACAGGAGGCAACUUUUCAUGAAAAUAAACUAUUAAGGAGAAAAGAGUGAAAUACUUUGAUCAAGUAACCUAGGCAGCGUGAACCAUAUUUACGUUAGGAUUUACUUCAAAGAUUGUUUUGAGAGGGUUACUCAAAAACUUAAAAAAACAGUGUCGGAUGAAUGCUGGUUUCGCUAAUUUUGAUUUCAAAUAAUUAUUUUUACUGUGGAGGUGAGUACUAAACAAAAUAGUAUGAUUUUGAAGAAUUAUGAAAAUGAAUGACGGUGGGUAAAUUAAUCAUUUUUAUAUGUUUUAAUAUAUACAUAUAUACAUAUAUAUUUAAAAAUAUUAAUAAUUAUAAUGAAGAUGAAUAUUAGUAAAAUACAGAGUAAAUUAAAUGAGAGAUCAAAGAAUUGAUAUUUGUAAAAAGCAAAUAUUUAUAAUUCUAAUACCUUAAAGAAAAGAGAGAAAUUAAUAAUUA